UAGGAAAUCCGUUUGCGGCGGAUUAUUGUAAUCCGACAGAGGGUCUGGACGACGACACAUCGGAUCACGACAACACAAAAAAAAAAAAAAAAAAAAAGCCGAGCCGAGCCCAGCGGCCUGUAACAGAUGCUGCUCGUCCGAGAAUAACGGGAUAAAGUGGCGCUAUGAUCUGACGCAGUGCUCGGCGCUCCUGCAGGCAGUCAUCGGCGCUGCCCGGGCCGUUUCCUGGACCAGUCGAUUCAUCUGACAGGCACCGACAGCGGCUUGGCUUCAGCGCACCGCAGAGCAGAUAGGAAAAGCUGUAUUUGUUAGUUAAAGAGAUCUCUCUCCCCUUCCCCCCUUUCCUUCCCCCCCUCCCGGUCAGGUUUAACUCCAGCUCGGCUCGGCUCGGUCGCCCUGUCUGCGGAGUGAAGCGCUGCUGCUGCUGCUCCGAGCCGCCGCCGCCGCCGCCGCUGUCACACGACUAGCUAGCGCGGCUAGCUCACUCCAGCUAGCUAGCUAGCUAGCUAGUAAGGAAUUUAGCAAGUUUAGUCAGGAAUUUUAGCAAAUUCUCCGACCCGCAGAACCACAAGGAGGGAGGAUGUCGGCGAAAGAGCCAAACAAACUCUCCACCACUGAACGACCUAUCAAAGCGGUGCCAUAUCCUCCCGGUACUCGCCUGUCGGUCAAAGACCUGUAUGUGGACGGGAGGCCCAGCGUGGAAGUGCUGAAGGCCCAUCUGGUGAAGGAGGGUCGGCUGGAGGAGGAGACGGCUCUGCGGAUCAUCAACGAGGGAGCCGGCAUCCUCCGCCAGGAGAAAUGCAUGCUGGAAGUGGAAGCCCCCAUCACAGUGUGUGGAGACGUCCACGGCCAGUUCUUUGACCUGAUGAAGCUUUUCGAGGUGGGCGGAUCCCCCAGCAGCACCCGCUACUUGUUCCUCGGGGACUACGUGGACCGAGGGUACUUCAGCAUCGAGUGUGUCCUGUACCUGUGGGCUCUGAAGAUCAACCACCCCAACACCCUCUUCCUCCUCAGAGGCAACCACGAGUGCCGGCAUCUUACAGAGUACUUCACCUUCAAACAGGAGUGUAAAAUAAAGUACUCGGAGCGUGUAUAUGACGCCUGUAUGGAUGCGUUUGACUGCCUGCCUCUGGCUGCUCUCCUCAACCAGCAGUUCCUCUGUGUGCACGGAGGUCUGAGCCCCGAAGUCACCUGCCUGGAUGACAUACGAAAGCUGGACCGGUUUAAGGAACCUCCUGCGUUCGGGCCGAUGUGCGACCUGCUGUGGUCGGACCCGGGGGAGGACUACGGCUCAGAAAGUACCCAGGAACACUUCUGCCACAACAGUGUCAGAGGCUGCUCUUAUUUCUACAGUUACCCGGCAGUAUGUGACUUCCUGAUGAACAAUAACCUGUUGUCUGUAAUACGAGCACAUGAAGCCCAGGAUGCAGGGUAUCGAAUGUACAGGAAAAGUCAGACGACAGGCUUCCCCUCUUUAAUUACAAUAUUCUCCGCUCCCAACUACCUGGAUGUGUACAAUAACAAAGCGGCGGUGCUGAAAUAUGAGAAUAAUGUGAUGAACAUCCGGCAGUUUAACUGCUCCCCUCACCCGUACUGGCUGCCCAACUUUAUGGACGUGUUCACCUGGUCUCUGCCCUUCGUCGGAGAGAAAGUGACAGAGAUGCUGGUCAACGUGCUGAACAUCUGCUCUGACGACGAGCUGAUGUCAGAAGGGGAUGACACAUGCGAGGGUGGAACUCCAGCUGUCAGAAAGGAGGUGAUCAGAAAUAAGAUCCGGGCGAUUGGAAAGAUGGCUCGCGUCUUCUCUGUGCUCAGAGAGGAGAACGAGAGUGUGUUACAGCUGAAGGGGCUGACCCCGACAGGAACGCUGCCCGUGGGAGUUUUGUCCGGAGGUCGGCGAACUCUGCAAAGCGCCACCGUAGAGGCAGAAGAGGCACGAGCCAUUCAAGGCUUCAACCCGCAGCACAAGAUCCAGAGCUUCGAGGAGGCUCGAGGUCUGGACCGCAUCAACGAGAGGAUGCCCCCCCGCCGCGACAGCAGGCAGAACGAGGCCACCCCCUCCCUCAACAACCUGCCGGCCAGCACCGGACCUCCGGACAAGAACGGCACCAACGCACAGGCCUAGAUCCUCCCCCUUUCCCUCCUCUUACCUCCCUUCUUCUUCCUCUCUUCCACCUCUCCUCCCGCCCUCCUUGCUUCCUUCCCUUCCCCUCUUCUCUCCUUUUUAAGAGCAGGAGAAGAGGCAGUUCAGUCCGAGCGACUCUCACCACGCUUAAUUUAUUUUAUCAUCUAUUAAAUAUCAUAGUUUAAGACUGAACAGGAUAAAAUCUCAACCGCACAUGCGACGUGGACUUGCUAAAUGCAAUCACUGCCCAGUCGAAUCCAGGCAAAUCCAUUUUAUAAUCAGGAGGCCGGUGUUCGGGACGACACCUUUGUAUCAGCGUUUUAUUUUGGCGGGGGAGGAAGUGACGCUCAUUCAAACGCUGUGUUCGUGCCCACACACACACACACACACACACACACGCACACACACACGCACACACAGCAGAAACGAAAGAAUCAGAUCGCAUAAAAUCCAUCCUUUCUUAUGCCAAUGAUAGUGUGACUGAGCUCUGAGGAGCAAGUAUUGACAUUUAUAUUAUAUAUGUAUAUUUUAAUUGUUCCCUCUUUUCAAUGUGAUGGGUUUUUUUGUUUGUUUUUUACAACACAUAGAUUUAGGCUUAAUUAUCCAGAGCGGGGGGAGAAGGGGGGAGGGAGGGAGGGAUGGAGGGGCGCAGAAAGAUGGUGGAAAAGAGAGGAAUAGUUAAAGGGCUGUUCCGCUUUAUUACAACUCGGGUCUUGAGUGUGGAAGUUCAUUAUUAAGGUUGGAAAUGGUAGUUUGACGGCAAAAUCUUAACUCAAGGUCCACUUACUAGCUUUUUGUUGCUUGACGAUGAUGCUGAGUUGUUAAGAUGUGGUCAAAAGCUCCAGAAACAGCUAGUUAACUGGAGCAUGAGUUAAGAUGUUUAUGUCAAACAGCUUGGUCUUAUGAUAACAAAGAAAUAGCUGAGACGUCGCUGACGUCAGCAGUCAGACCUUCAGACGAGAUGGAAACGCCUCCAGGUUAGACCGUAAACAUCCGUCACAGUUUACAGACCCACUUCCUGUACUGUAGUUACUCCAGCUGCCCAUUUUUAUUCAAACCUUCGAAGCCGUCCUCCAGUUAUGCGUUAGUACACUUCUAUAAAGUUGGGAGACUCACAAGAGACAGAAUAAAGACAGGACGGUCCAAAUCUGAGCAGCAGAGGUGGAGAUAUCAUGACUUUUAGUCCAAAAACGCUGGAUCCUACAUUUCCCAUAAUGCAGUUGGAUAGCAUCUUUCAUUAGAGCCUCCCUGCCUGGUGAACAGCCACGUCUGUCUAACUCCAGCCCUCCAGUUUGUAACAGAGUGAACGUCCUCUCGUGGCUUUUACUGAUCAUUUUGGUUCUUUCCCAGCAAACCGAAGUUUACAGACUCGUCGGCGAUUCAGAGCAAAGAUUCCUCUCGCGACCAACACCUGCAGGUGUAGAUAAUCUGGAUGACCUGUGUCUGGCUUGUCGUUAGUGUUCCCAGAUCUCGGAUAUGAACUUAGUGAGUCUAAUGUUUGUCGCCGAUAGAACUGACAAAACUACAGACGAGACCCAAGUUUUAAUAAACCGGAAAUCUCCUUUAAAAAGAGAAGCAGGAGAAGGACGAGACCCGAGGUGUGUUUCAGGUGUGUUGACAGUGACGAUUCCGACCUGGGUGGGUUUGAUUUAACUGUUCUUUAUAUUUUGGGGAGGUGGGUGGGUAAAGUAUGUUGGGAUCUUGUCGGGAGCGAGGCCUCAUUUCUGACUUCUGUUCGUGUCUCAGAACAUAUCUCACAGAAUGUACAGAAACGGUUUAAAGAAUAAAAUCAAGGUUUGUUUGUUUUUUUUCUUUACAGCUAAAUUCGGAGAAUAAAAAAGGAGAGAACUUUUUUUUGUCGUACGUGUAUUGCGAGGCCUCUCAUUUAUGUAGAUGUUUCACUCCAUUCAAAUAAAAAACAGAAAUGUAA